UCCUGCGGCGGAUCCAGCCGGGACCGGGAUCCCACCAAGAUGGAGCACGAGGAGGACACUCGGGAGAUCCUCCUGCCCAACUGGCAGGGCAGCGGCUCCCACGGCAUCACCAUCGCCCAGACCGACCACGGCGUCUUCGUCCGGCGCGUCCAGCAGAACUCUCCGGCCGCCCGCAUGGGCGUGGUCAAGGAAGGGGAUCAGAUCGUCAGUGCCACCGUCUACUUUGACAAGCUGCAGUCGGGGGAGGCGGCGCAGCUGCUGCAGAGCAUGGGCCAGCACACCGUGGGGCUGCGGCUGCAGCGCCGCGGGGACCGGUCACCGCUGGCCGGACACGGCUGUGGUCAGCUGGGAUUCGUGCCCGGCAGCCCAGAGGUCGUGCUGAGCGGCGAUGAUGAGGAGUACCAGCGCAUCUACACCACCAAAAUCAAACCGCGCCUCAAGUCCGAGGAGGGCCCCGAGGCCGAGGCCGGGGGGACGCAGAGCAGAACCAUCACCGUCACCCGCAAGGUCACCGCCUACACCGUGGAUGUCACCAGCACCGACGGCGACCUCAGCGUCAUCGGCGGCCACGACCUCAACGUCCGCAUCCCCACGCCCGAGCUCGGGACGACGUCCGGCGCCGACGGGACACCUGAGGGACUUCACCUGAGGACAGAGCCCCAGAGCCAAAUUCCUGGUGGAGAAACUGGAAAAUCCCUCCCGGGCUGGAAGGGCUCCGGUGCCUUGCCAGGGUCGCCGCGGAUCGAGGCCAACGGACAGUUUGGAGAUCUGGACGGGUCGUUCCACGUGUCCGGCGGGGCUCCGUGUCCGCAGGGAGAGGUCACUGCCUCGUCACCACCCCUGGAUGUGGGGAAAAUCAAGAUCCCGGCGUUAAAAAUCCCCAAAUUUGGGUUCCAGGCCAGCGGCGAAGCCCCACAGCUGGGCGCCGGGAUGGACGUCACCUGCUCGCCCACACCGGACAUUUCCUCCCCGUCCACCAAAGCCCCGGUGCCGCAGGUGGAUGCGGCGGUCGCAGGUGCCACCAAGGUCCCCUCCCCUCCGCUGGACGUCCCCGGCGUGGAGCUCCAGGCCCCAGACAGCGCCAAGGGGAAAAUCAAAAUCCCGCACUUGACCUUCCCCAAAUUCACGGCCCAGGGCGACGCCGCCGCCACCGUGGAGGUCCCCAAGGGUGUGGCCGGUCCCGAGGUGGAAGGAGAAUGGAAAGGCCCCACCUUCAAGAAGGUGGAAACGCCCCAAAUUUCACUGUCGGAUGUGAACCUGAACCUGAGGGGCCCUAGAGGGGAAGGGGACCUGACAGGACUCGGCCCCAAGGGGCUCCAGGUGGACGUGGCCGGGCCAGGGGGUGGCCUGAAGGGUGUGGAGAUGGACGUUGGUGUGAAGGGGCUGAAGGGAGGAGUGGACGUGGACGUGUCCGUGCCGACCAAGGGGGGUGAAUUGAGUGGGCCUCAACUGGACAUUAAAGGGCCCCAAAUUGGGGUGGAGGUGCCCGGAGUGGACAUCAAAGGCCCUGAGGUGAAGGUGCCCGAGAUGAGCUUCAAGACGCCCCAAAUCUCUGUGCCCGACGUCGACCUGAACCUCAAAGGGCCCGGAGUGAAGGGAAAUCUGGAUGUUUGUGCCCCAAAACUGGAAGGGGAGCUGAAAAGCCCCGGACUGGACAUCAAAGGCCCCAAAAUCGAAGUUGGGAGCCCAGAAACGGAGAUCCAGGGGCCCGAGGGCAAACUGAAGUUCCCCAAGCUGAAAAUGCCCAAAUUUGGGGUGAAGGGAGAGACCCCCAGUGUCGACGUGACUCUUCCCAAAGGGGGGGUGGAUGUCUCCAGCCCCAAGGUGGACGUCAGCAUCCCCAGCGUGGACAUCAAAGGCCCCAAAGUGGACAUUGAAGCGCCUGAAGUGGACAUUCACAGCCCUGAGGGAAGAUUCAAGAUGCCCAAAUUCAAAAUGCCCAAAUUUGGGAUGCCCGGGGUCAAGGCAGAAGGUCCCGAGGUGGACGUGAACCUUCCAAAAGGUGGCCUGGAGGUGUCCAGCCCCAAGGUGGACAUUGAGGCGCCGAGCUUGGACAUCCAGGGGCCUGAAAUGCACCUCAAGGCCCCCAAAAUCUCCAUGCCGGACGUCGACCUGACCCUGAACGGUGCCAAGGCCAGCGGCAACCUGGAUGUGUCCGUGCCGGGUUUGAAGGGUCCCGAAUUGGACAUGAAAGGCCCCAAAGUCGAGGUCGAAUCCCCAGAUUUGAACGUCCAAGGGCCUGAGGGCAAACUGAAGUUCCCCAAGCUGAAAAUGCCCAAAUUUGGGGUGAAGGGUGAGAGCCCCGACCUCGAGGUGGCCAUUCCCAAGGGCAGAGUGGAGGUUUCGGGUCCCGGCGUCGCCGUUGAGGUUCCCGGCGUGGACCUGAAGGGCCCCACGGUGAAGGUGCCUGAGGUCAGCAUGAAAACCCCCCAGAUCUCCAUGCCCGACAUCGACCUGAACCUCAAAGGGCCCAAAGUCAAGGCGGAUUUGGACGUUUCCACCCCAAAACUGGAAGGGGAGCUGAAAACCCCCGGGGUGGACAUCAAAGGCCCCAAAGUCGAGGUUGAAGUGCCGGAUUUGGACAUCCAAGGGCCCGAGGGCAAACUGAAGUUCCCCAAGCUAAAAAUGCCCAAAUUCGGGCUGAAGGGAGAGAGCCCUGAGCUGGAGGUGACGCUCCCGAAGGGGGAAGUGGACAUUUCUGCCCCCAAGGUGGACAUUUCUGCUCCCAAGGUGGACAUCAACGUCCCUAGAGUGGACGUGGAAGGGCCGGAGGUCAAAGGGAAAGGCCUCAAGUUCAAAAUGCCCGAACUCAAUGUUCAGACCCCAAAACUCUCCAUGCCAGAUGUGGAUCUGGGCUUGAAGGCCCCGAAACUGAAAGGGGAUGCCGGAACUCUUGGGCUGAAGGGCCCCAAAAUGGAUGUGAAAGGCCCCAAAGUGGACGUGGAAGGUGCCAAAAUUGAUGUGGAAGGUCCCAAGUUGGAUGUGGAAGGUCCCAAGUUGGAUGUUGACGUGCCUGAGGUGGACUUGGAAUGUCCAGAAGGGAAGAUAAAAGGCCCCAAAUUCAAGAUGCCCAAACUCAACAUCAAAUCCCCCAAAAUCUCGAUGCCAGACGUGGAUCUGAACCUGAAGGGACCCAAAGUGAAGGGGGAUGUGGAUGUGUCCCUCCCCAAGGUGGAAGGGGACGUGAAAGCUCCAGAAAUGCACAUUAAAGGGCCAAAAAUGGACAUUGAGGUGCCCAGCGUAGCUUUGGAGGGCCCUGAGGGGAAGAUCAAAGGUCCCAAGUUCAAGAUGCCUGAGAUGCACAUCAAGACCCAGAAGAUCUCCAUGCCCGAUGUCGACUUCAGCCUGAAGGGCCCCAAGGUCAAGGGGGAUGUGGAUGUGUCGAUCCCAAAGCUCGAGGGUGACCUGAAAUGCCCAGAACUGGACAUCAAAGGCCCCAAAGUGGACAUUGAUGCACCCGAUGUUGACAUUCACGGCCCUGAGGGAAAAUUCAAGAUGCCCAAAUUCAAGAUGCCCAAGUUUGGGCUUAAGGGAGAAGGGCCCGAUGUGAAUCUCCCAAAAGGAGACCUGGAUGUGUCCGGCCCCAAGGUGGAUGUUGAGAUGCCGAGUGUGGACGUGGAGCUGCCCGAGGGGAAGAUCAAAGGCCCCAAGUUCAAGAUGCCUGAGAUGCAUUUUAAGACCCCCAAGAUCUCCAUGCCCGACAUCGACCUGAACCUGAAGGGCCCCAAGAUCAAGGGAGACGUUGAUGUCUCUGUUCCCAAGCUGGAAGGGGACCUGAAAGGUCCCGAAAUUGACCUCAAAGGCCCCAAAGUCGAUGUCAACCUCCCCGAUGUGGAGCUGGAAGGCCCCGAGGGGAAGAUCAAAGGCCCCAAGUUCAAGAUGCCUGAGAUGCACAUCAAGGCCCCCAAAAUCUCCAUGCCCGACUUUGAUCUGAAUCUGAAAGGCCCCAAAGUGAAGGGAGACGUGGACGUGUCACUGCCAAGUGUGGAAGGGGAGCUGAAAGGGCCGAAGCUGGACGUGAAAGGCCCCGAAUUUGAUGUUUCUGCUCCAGAUGUUCAAAUCGAGGGCCCCGAGGGGAAGAUCAAAGGCCCCAAGUUCAAAAUGCCCGAGAUGCACAUCAAGACCCAGAAGAUCUCCAUGCCCGAUGUCGACUUCAGCCUGAAGGGCCCCAAGAUCAAGGGUGACAUUGAUGUUUCUGUCCCCAAGAUUGAAGGUGACCUCAAGGGUCCCCAAGUGGACAUUGAAGCACCCGAAGUUGACAUUCACGGCCCAGAGGGAAAAUUCAAGAUGCCCAAAUUCAAGAUGCCCAAAUUUGGGCUGAAGGGAGAAGGCCCUGAGGUGGACGUGAACCUCCCAAAAGGAGACCUGGAUGUGUCCGGCCCCAAGGUGGACAUUGAAGGUCCAGAGGUGGAUGUGGAGCUGCCCGAGGGGAAGAUCAAAGGCCCCAAGUUCAAGAUGCCUGAGAUGCAUUUUAAGACCCCCAAGAUCUCCAUGCCCGACAUUGACCUGAACCUGAAGGGCCCCAAGAUCAAGGGAGAUGUCAAUGUCUCUGUUCCCAAAGUGGAAGGUGACCUCAAGGGCCCAGAACUGGACAUCAAAGGCCCCAAAAUGGAUAUUGAAGCACCCGACGUUGACAUUCACGGCCCAGAGGGAAAAUUCAAGGUGCCCAAAUUCAAGAUGCCCAAAUUUGGGCUGAAGGGAGAAGGCCCUGAGGUGGACGUGAACCUCCCAAAAGGAGACCUGGAUGUGUCCGGCCCCAAGGUGGACAUUGAAGGUCCAGAAGUGGAUGUGGAGCUGCCCGAGGGGAAGAUCAAAGGCCCCAAGUUCAAGAUGCCAGAGAUGAACAUCAAGGCCCCCAAGAUCUCCAUGCCUGACCUUGACCUGAACCUGAAGGGCCCCAAGAUCAAGGGAGGCGUUGAUGUCUCCAUCCCCAAAUUGGAGGGAGACCUGCCAGGUCCUGAUGUGAACGUGAAAGGUCCAAAGUUGGAUGUGGAUGUUCCUGAGGUGGACGUUGAAGGUCCGGAGGGGAAGUGGAAGGGACCCAAGAUCAAGAUGCCGGAGAUGAACAUCAAGGUGCCGAAGUUUUCUAUGCCUGAUGUCGAUCUGAACCUGAAAGGUCCCAUACUGAAGGGAGAAGUUGGUGUGUCAGCCCCAAACAUAGAAGGUGACGUGAAAGUGCCGGAUCUGGAGUUGAAAGGACCCAAAGUAGAUGUGGAUGUCCCCGACGUGGAGCUGGAGUGUCCCGAGGGGAAGAUUAAAGGCCCAAAGUUCAAGAUGCCCGAGAUGCACAUCAAGGCCCCCAAAAUCUCCAUGCCCGACUUUGAUCUGAAUCUGAAAGGCCCCAAAAUGAAGGGAGACGUGGAUGUGUCCAUCCCAAAAAUCGAGGGAGAUUUGAAGGUCCCAGAUGUCGACAUCAAAGGCCCCAAAGUCGAUGUCAACGUCCCUGACGUGGACCUGGAGUGCCCUGAAGCGAAGCUGAAAGGCCCCAAGUUCAGGAUUCCUGAAAUGCAUUUCAAAACCCCCAAAAUCUCCAUGCCCGACAUCGAUCUGAACCUGAAAGGCCCAAAACUCAAGGGGGACGUCGACAUUUCCGCCCCCAAACUAGAAGGUGACCUGAAAGGCCCAGAGGUGGACAUCAAUGAUCCGAAACUUAACAUCAAAGCUCCUGAUGUGGACAUUGACCUCCCAGAGGGGAAGGUGAAGGGCCCCAAGUUCAAGAUGCCUGAAAUGCACAUCAAGGCCCCCAAAAUCUCCAUGCCUGACUUUGAUCUGAACCUCAAAGGCCCCAAAGUCAAGGGUGACAUCGAUGUGUCCCUGCCCAAGCUUGAAGGGGACCUGAAAGGCCCAGAGGUGUCACUGAAAGGUCCAAAAGUGGACGUUGACGUUCCUGACGUGGAGCUGGAAGGCCCCGGGGGGAAGAUCAAAGGCCCCAAGUUCAAGAUGCCUGAGAUGCACAUCAAGGCCCCCAAAAUCUCUAUGCCCGACUUCGAUCUCAACCUGAAGAGCCCAAAAUUGAAGGGGGAUGUCGAUGUCUCUGUCCCCAAGGUGGAAGGGGACCUGAAGGGCCCAGAACUGGAUAUUAAAGGCCCCAAAGUUGAUGUCAACCUCUCUGAUGUGGAGCUGGAGUGUCCUGAGGGGAAACUGAAGGGCCCCAAGUUCAAGAUGCCUGAGAUGCACAUCAAGGCCCCCAAAAUCUCCAUGCCUGACAUUGACCUGAACCUCAAAGGACCCAAACUGAAGGGGGAUGUCGAUGUUUCUGUUCCCAAGCUAGAGGGUGACCUGAAAGCCCCAGACAUCGAUCUCAAAGGCCCCAAAGUCGAUGUCAACCUCCCGGACGUGGAGCUGGAAGGCCCUGAGGGGAAGAUCAAAGGUCCCAAGUUCAAGAUGCCUGAGAUGCACAUCAAGGCCCCCAAAAUCUCCAUGCCUGACGUCGACUUCAGCCUGAAGGGCCCCAAGGUCAAAGGGGAUGUUGAUGUUUCUGUCCCUAAGCUGGAGGGCCCAGAACUGGACAUCAAAGGCCCCAAAGUGGACAUUGAUGCACCCGAUGUUGACAUUCACGGCCCUGAGGGAAAAUUCAAGAUGCCCAAAUUCAAGAUGCCCAAGUUUGGGCUUAAGGGAGAAGGGCCCGAUGUGAAUCUCCCAAAAGGAGACCUGGAUGUGUCCGGCCCCAAGGUGGAUGUUGAGAUGCCGAGUGUGGACGUGGAGCUGCCCGAGGGGAAGAUCAAAGGCCCCAAGUUCAAGAUGCCUGAGAUGCAUUUUAAGACCCCCAAGAUCUCCAUGCCCGACAUCGACCUGAACCUGAAGGGCCCCAAGAUCAAGGGAGACGUUGAUGUCUCUGUUCCCAAGCUGGAAGGGGACCUGAAAGGUCCCGAAAUUGACCUCAAAGGCCCCAAAGUCGAUGUCAACCUCCCCGAUGUGGAGCUGGAAGGCCCCGAGGGGAAGAUCAAAGGCCCCAAGUUCAAGAUGCCUGAGAUGCACAUCAAGGCCCCCAAAAUCUCCAUGCCCGAUGUCGACUUCAGCCUGAAGGGCCCCAAGGUCAAAGGGGAUGUUGAUGUUUCUGUCCCUAAGCUGGAGGGCCCAGAACUGGACAUCAAAGGCCCCAAAGUGGACAUUGAUGCACCCGAUGUUGACAUUCACGGCCCUGAGGGAAAAUUCAAGAUGCCCAAAUUCAAGAUGCCCAAGUUUGGGCUUAAGGGAGAAGGCCCUGAGGUGGACGUGAGCCUCCCAAAAGGAGACCUGGAUGUGUCCAGCCCCAAGGUGGAUGUUGAGAUGCCGAGUGUGGACGUGGAGCUGCCCGAGGGGAAGAUCAAAGGCCCCAAGUUCAAGAUGCCUGAGAUGCAUUUUAAGACCCCCAAGAUCUCCAUGCCCGAUGUUGAUUUCAACCUGAAGGGCCCCAAAUUAAAGGGAGACGUUGAUGUUUCUCUUCCCAAACUUGAGGGUGAGUCGAAAGCCCCCGACGUUGACAUCAAAGGCCCCAAAGUCGAUGUCAACCUCCCCGACGUGGAGCUGGAAGGGCCUGAGGGGAAGAUCAAAGGCCCCAAGUUCAAGAUGCCAGAGAUGCACAUCAAGGCCCCCAAAAUCUCAAUGCCUGACGUUGACUUCAACCUGAAGGGCCCCAAGAUCAUGGGUGACAUUGAUGUUUCUGUCCCCAAGGUUGAAGGUGACCUCAAGGGUCCCGAAAUUGACCUCAAAGGCCCCAAAGUGGACAUUGAAGCACCCGAUAUUGACAUUCAUGGCCCAGAAGGAAAAAUAAAAUUCCCCAAAUUCAAGAUGCCCAAAUUUGGGCUGAAGGGAGAAGGCCCUGAGGUGGACGUGAACCUCCCAAAAGGAGACAUAGAUGUGUCCUGCCCCAAGGUGGAAAUUGAAGGUCCAGAGGUGGACGUUGAGCUGCCCGAGGGGAAGAUCAAAGGCCCCAAGUUCAAGAUGCCAGAGAUGAACAUCAAGGCCCCCAAGAUCUCCAUGCCCGAUGUCGACUUCAACCUGAAGGGCCCCAGAUUGAAGGGAGACAUGGAUGUUUCCCUUUCAAAGCUUGAAGGUGACCUGAAAUGUCCCGAGAUUGACAUCAAAGGCCCCAAAGUCGAUGUCGACCUCCCCGACAUGGAGCUGGAAGGGCCUGAGGGGAAGAUCAAAGGCCCCAAGUUCAAGAUGCCCGAGAUGAACAUCAAGGCCCCCAAAAUCUCCAUGCCUGAUGUCGACUUCGGCUUGAAGGGCCCCAAGAUCAAGGGUGACAUCGAUGUCUCUGUCCCCAAGCUUGAAGGGGACCUGAAGGGCCCAGAACUGGACCUUAAAGGCCCCAAAGUUGACAUUGAGGUACCUGAUGUCGACAUUCAUGGCCCAGAAGGGAAAAUUAAAAUGCCCAAGUUCAAGAUGCCCAAAUUCGGAUUUUCCGGGCCUAAAGUAGAUGGUCCUGAUGUGGACGUGAACCUCCCCGAGGCCGAGGUCAACAUUUCAGGUCCAAAGGUCGACAUUUCCGUCCCCGACCUGGAGAUUGAAGGCCCCGAUGGGAAACUGAAGGGCCCCAAGUUCAAGAAGCCGGAGUUGCAGUUCAAUGUGCCCAAGAUCUCCAUGCCCGACAUCGACCUCAACCUGAAAGGCCCCAAACUGAAAGGUGACCUCGAUGCUUCUCUUCCCAAGGUUGAGGGUGAGCUGAAAGGUCCCAAACUGGACAUCAAGGGGCCAGAGCUUGAGCUGGAAGGGCCAAAAGUUGACCUCGAAGGAAAAGCUAAAAAAUCCAGGUUUAAACUUCCCAAGUUUGGCUUUUCUGGUCCAAAAGUUCAAAGCCCUGAGGUGGAUGUGAAGCUUAAGAAACCUGAAUUGGAACUGUCUGGCCCAAAGGUCGAGGUCCAAGGUCCAGAUUUGGAUGUCCAGGGGAAAUCCAAGGGCUCCAAAUUCAAAAUGCCUUUUCUGAACAUUUCUUCACCCAAAGUCUCGAUGCCUGACGUGGAGCUGAACCUGAAGGGGCACAAAAUGAAAGGGGAGUUUGACCUGUCCACCCCCAAGCUGGAAGGGGAGCUGAAAGGUCCUGAGGUGGACAUCAAGGGCCCCAAGGUCAACAUCGAGGCCCCUGACGUGGACAUUCACGGCCCAGAGGGGAAAAUCAAAAUGCCCAAGUUCAAAAUGCCCAAAUUUGGUGUUCCUGGGUUUAAAGGGGAGGGGCCAGAGGUGGACAUGAACCUGCCGACGGGAGAAAUGGACUUGUCCGGUCCUAAAGUGGACAUUGAAGGUCUGGAUGUGGACACUGAGGGGGUGGAGGGGAAGAUAAAAGGCCCCAAGUUCAAGAUGCCUGAGAUGAACAUCAAGGCCCCCAAAAUCUCCAUGCCUGACAUCGACCUGAACCUGAAGGGCCCCAAGAUCAAGGGGGACAUGGACGUGUCCCUGCCCGAGGUGGACCUGAAAGGACCCAAGGUGGACGUGGAAGUUCCUGACAUCGACAUGGAAAGUCCGAAAGGAAAAAUCAAAGGCCCCAAAUUUAAAAUGCCCGACAUGAACAUCAAAGCUCCCAACCUCUCCAUGCCCGACCUGGACCUCAACCUGAAAGGUCCCAAGGUCAAAGGGGGGGUGGAUGUCAAUCUGUCUGCACCAAAAAUCGAAGGAGAUCUGAGUUUGCCGGAUGUCAACAUCAAAGGGCCCAAAGUGGACAUUGAAGGUCCAGAGCUGGACGUUGAAGGCCCCGAGGGGAAGAUCAAAGGCCCCAAGUUCAAGAUGCCAGAGAUGAACAUCAAGGCCCCCAAAAUCUCCAUGCCUGAUGUCGACUUCAACCUGAAGGGCCCCAAGAUCAAGGGUGACAUUGAUGUCUCUGUCCCCAAGCUUGAAGAUGACCUCAAAGGCCCCGAAAUUGACCUCAAGGGCCCCAAAGUGGACAUUGAAGCACCUGAUGUCGAUAUUCACGGCCCAGAGGGAAAAUUCAAGAUGCCCAAAUUCAAGAUGCCCAAAUUUGGGCUGAAGGGAGAAGGCCCUGAGAUGGACGUGAACCUCCCAAAAGGAGACCUGGAUGUGUCCGGCCCCAAGGUGGACAUUGAAGGUCCAGAGGUGGACGUGGAGCUGCCCGAGGGGAAGAUCAAAGGCCCCAAGUUCAAGAUGCCUGAGAUGCAUUUUAAGACCCCCAAGAUCUCCAUGCCCGACAUCGACCUGAACCUGAAGGGCCCCAAGAUCAAGGGAGACGUUGAUGUCUCUGUUCCCAAAGUGGAAGGGGACCUGAAAGGUCCCGAAAUUGACCUCAAAGGCCCCAAAGUCGAUGUCAACCUCCCCGACGUGGAGCUGGAAGGCCCCGAGGGGAAGAUCAAAGGCCCCAAGUUCAAGAUGCCUGAGAUGCACAUCAAGGCCCCCAAAAUCUCCAUGCCCGACUUUGAUCUGAACCUGAAAGGCCCCAAAGUGAAGGGAGACGUGGACGUGUCACUGCCAAGUGUGGAAGGGGAGCUGAAAGGGCCGAAGCUGGACGUGAAAGGCCCCGAAUUUGAUGUUUCUGCUCCAGAUGUUCAAGUCGAGGGCCCUGAGGGGAAGAUCAAAGGCCCCAAGUUCAAGAUGCCUGAGAUGCACAUCAAGGCCCCCAAAAUCUCCAUGCCGGACCUAGACCUGAACCUCAAAGGCCCCAAACUGAAGGGGGACGUCGAUCUCUCUGUCCCCAAGCUGGAAGGUGACAUGAAGGGCCCAGAACUGGACAUUAAGGGCCCCAAAGUUGAUGUCGACCUCCCUGAUGUAGAGCUGGAAGGGCCUGAGGGGAAGAUCAAAGGCCCCAAGUUCAAGAUGCCCGAGAUGCACAUCAAGGCCCCCAAAAUCUCAAUGCCUGAUGUUGACUUCCACCUGAAGGGCCCCAAGAUCAAAGGUGACGUUGAUGUUUCUGUCCCCAAGGUUGAAGGUGACCUCAAGGGUCCAGAAAUUGACCUCAAAGGCCCCAAAGUGGACAUUGAAGCGCCCGAUGUUGACAUUCACGGCCCUGAGGGAAAAUUCAAGAUGCCCAAAUUCAAGAUGCCCAAGUUUGGGCUGAAGGGAGAAGGGCCCGAGGUGGACGUGAACCUCCCAAAAGGAGACCUGGAUGUAUCCGGCCCCAAGGUGGAUGUUGAGAUGCCGUGUGUGGACAUGGAGCUGCCCGAGGGGAAGAUCAAAGGCCCCAAGUUCAAGAUGCCUGAGAUGCAUUUUAAGACCCCCAAGAUCUCCAUGCCCGACAUCGACCUGAACCUGAAGGGCCCCAAGAUCAAGGGAGACGUUGAUGUCUCUGUUCCCAAGCUGGAAGGGGACCUGAAAGGUCCCGAAAUUGACCUCAAAGGCCCCAAAGUUGAUGUCAACCUCCCCGACGUGGAGCUGGAAGGCCCCGAGGGGAAGAUCAAAGGCCCCAAGUUCAAGAUGCCUGAGAUGAACAUCAAGGCCCCCAAAAUCUCCAUGCCCGACUUUGAUCUGAACCUGAAAGGCCCCAAAGUGAAGGGAGACGUGGACGUGUCACUGCCAAGUGUGGAAGGGGAGCUGAAAGGGCCGAAGCUGGACGUGAAAGGCCCCGAAUUUGAUGUUUCUGCUCCAGAUGUUCAAAUCGAGGGCCCCGAGGGGAAGAUCAAAGGCCCCAAGUUCAAAAUGCCCGAGAUGAACAUCAAGGCCCCCAAAAUCUCCAUGCCCGACGUCAGCUUCGGUCUGAAGGGCCCCAAGGUCAAGGGGGAUGUGGACGUAUCGGUCCCAAAAUUGGAAGGUGACCUGAAGGGCCCAGAACUGGACAUUAAGGGCCCCAAAGUGGACAUUGAUAUGCCCGACGUCAACAUUCAUGGUCCAGAAGGGAAAAUAAAAUUCCCCAAAUUCAAGAUGCCCAAAUUUGGGCUGAAGGGAGAUGGCCCUGAGGUGGACGUGAACCUCCCAAAAGGAGACCUGGAUGUGUCCGGCCCCAAGGUGGACGUUGAGAUGCCGAGUGUGGACGUUGAGGGGCCCGAGAUCAAAGGCCCCAAGUUCAAGAUGCCCGAAAUGCACAUCAAAGCCCCUAAAAUCUCCAUGCCUGACGUUGACCUGAACCUGAAGGGCCCUAAGGUCAAAGGCGAUGUGGACGUGUCCCUUCCAAGUGUGGACGGAGAGCUGAAAGGUCCUGAGGUCAAUGUCACCGCCCCCGACGUCUCCAUCGACAGCCCUGAGGGCAAAUUCAAACUGCCCAAGUUCAAGAUGCCCAAAUUCUCCAUGCCUGGAUUCAAAGGGGAUGGACUGGAUGUGGACCUGACCCCCCCCAAGUGCGAUGUGGACAUUUCUGGCCCCAGCGUGGACGUGGAGGCUCCUGAGCUGAGCAUGGACGGGAAAGUCAAAGGUCCCAAAUUUUCCAUGCCCGAGAUGCACAUCAAGGCCCCCAAGAUCUCCAUGCCUGAUGUUGACUUCAACCUCAAAGGUCCCAAACUCAAGGGGGAUGUCAAUGUUUCUGUUCCCAAACUCGAGGCUGACCUGAAAGGUCCCGAAAUUGAUCUCAAAGGGACCAAAGUCGAUGUUGACCUCCCCGACAUGGAGCUGGAAGGGCCUGAGGGGAAGAUCAAAGGCCCCAAGUUCAAGAUGCCUGAGAUGCACAUCAAGGCCCCCAAAAUCUCAAUGCCUGACGUUGACUUCAACUUGAAGGGCCCCAAAGUGAAGGGUGACAUCGAUGUCUCUGUCCCCAAGCUGGAGGGUAACCUGCAGUGCCCAGAUGUUGACCUCAAAGGCCCCAAACUGGACAUUCAGGCGCCAGAUGUGACCCUGGAAGGACCUAAGGUCAAGAUGCCUGAAAUUCACAUCAAGACUCCGCAGAUCUCCAUGCCCGACAUCGACCUGAACCUGAAGGGGCUGAAGGUCAAAGGUGAUGCCGACCUUCACGGCCCCAAGUUCGAGGGGGGUCUGAAGGGCCCCGGGGUCGAUAUCAAAGGCCCCAGAGUCGAUAUCGAGGGCCCGGAGGUUGAUGUUGAUGGUCUGGAGGGGAAAGUGAAGCUGCCCAAAAUGAAAAUCCCCAAAUUUGGCUUUAAAGGGGAAGGUCCCGAUGUGGAUGUGAAUUUGCCAAAGGCCGAGGUGGAUCUGUCCGGCCCCAAGGUUGACCUCAGCAUGCCAGAGGUCAACGUUGAAGGUCUGGAGGGCAAAGUGAAAGGUCCUAAACUGAAAAUGCCUGAAAUGCACAUGAACGUCCCCAAAAUCUCCAUGCCAGAGAUAGACUUGAACUUGAAAGGCCACAAAACCAAGGGCGGCUUCGACAUUUCCACCCCGAAGGUGGAAGGUCACCUGAAAGGGCCUGAAGUCAACCUCAAAGGCCCCGAGUUCGGGGUCAAAGGCCCCGAAGUUGAUGUCGAAUGUCCCGACCUGAGCAUCGAGGGCCCGGAGGCCAACGUCAAAGUUCCCAAGUUCAAAAAGUCCAAAUUUGGGUUUGGGAUGAAAAGCCCCAAGGCAGAGGUUAUACCUGAUUUACCUGAGGCAGAGAUGAACUUGGAGUCACCUGAGGUCCACCUGUCCGGGAAGGGCAAGAAGAGCAAGUUCAAGAUGCCCAAAAUCCACAUGAGCGGCCCCAAAGUGAAGGGGAAGAAGGGGGCGUUCGACGUGAACGCGGCGGGGGCAGAGCUGGACGCCGAGCUCAACGUCAGCGGCCCCGACGUCACCGCCAUGAAGUCCCCCAAAGGCAAGAGACACAUGUUUGGUAAGAUCUCCUUCCCGGAUGUGGAAUUUGACCUCAAAUCGCACAAAUUCCGCGGGGAGGCCUCGGUGGGGGUCCCGAAAGUGGAGGGCGAUCUGGAGGUCAAGGGCGACCUCAAGGGCCCGAGCCUCAACGUGGACGUUGAAGGUCCCGAUGUGAACGUGAAAAGCCCAAAAUUCAAACUCCCCGGGGUCCAGGUGGGCACGGGGGAUGUGAAAAUCGGGGGGGACCUGAAGGGCCCCGGGAUCGAUGUCGCCGUCCCCUCACCGGCGAUGCCGGAUCUCGACAUCGGCGUGAAAGGACUGAAAGUCAAAGGUGAAGCUGGCAUUGCUGGAGCACAACUGGAAGGUCCUGAGGUGAAACUGGGAUUGCCCAAGGGGGGGAAAACAGGUUUGGGGCUGGAAAUGCCGGACGUGAGCACGGACGUGGAUGUGAAGCUCAAAGGGCCCCAAAUCUCCAGGCCUGAGUUGGAGGGGAACUUGAAAGGACCAAAAUUAAAGGGAGAUGUGGACAUUUCGGGCUCCGUCCAAGGGCCCGGCGUCACCCUGGACACGCCCGGCCUGGACCUCGGCGGCCUGGGAGGGAAGGUGAAGCUACCCACGGUGAAGUCCCCAACGCUGGAGGUCCAGGGGGGUGUCCCCUGCUCCGUCCAGUCCUCAGGGGCCUCCCUGGACCUCCAGGGGCCCUCUCUGGACAUUUCCGGCGUGGAUUUGGAUGUCAACCUGAAAGGACCAAAGUUGAAAGGAGAUGUCGGUGCCAAAACCCCGCAAACGUCGGCGGACGACUCUGCCUUCGAAAUUUUAGGGGGCACCAUCAAACUUCCAUCCCUGAAGCUGCCCCAGUUCAGCAUUUCCGGCCCCAGCGUGGACGGAGGGGACGCAGGGGUCACUCUGGAGGGCCCCCAGGUCAAGGGGGGACUGAAGGGCUCCAGUUUGGGGCUGGAAGGCCCCGAGGUGGGACUGAAAGGGCCGAAAUUCUCCAUGCCGGAUGUUGACCUGAGGCUGAAAGGACCAAACGUGGACGUGGCUGGAGAUAUCAAAGGGUCAAAGGUCAGCGUUGAAGCCCCUCAUGGGGGGGUGGGCGCCCACCUGGAGGCUCCAGGCCUGGAAGUGUCCGGCUCGGGAUUGAACGUCAAUGUGAAAGGGCCGAAGGUCAAAGGCGCGGCCGAGGUGAUGCCGCCGUCGGUCGGCGCCGGUUCCGGAACCUUCCACGCCACCGGCCCCAAGGUGAGCAGCGAGGGCGGCCAGGUCAAAGUGUCCUUCCCCAAGCUGAGGAUGCCGAAAUUCGUCUUCUCCGAGCCCGAGGCCAAGGGCCGUGAGGUUGGGGUGGAUGUCGACUUCCCCGGCGCCGACGUGGCCGAGCCGGAGCCGGACGAGGCCGAUGCGAGGCUAAAGAAAUCCAAGCUCAAGAUGCCCAAAUUCAACUUCUCCAAGCAGAAGGGGCGCGGCACCCCGGGGUCCCCCGAGGCGUCGGGGUCGGUGUCCGGCUCCAAGGGCGACCUGAAGAGCUCUAAGGUGAGCCUGGGCUCGGCCGAGGGUGAGCCGGAGGCCGAGGCUCCGGCGACCAAAGCCAAGUUCUCGCUGUUCCGCAGCAAGAAACCGCGGCCGCGCUCGUCGUCCUUCAGCGAUGACCACUCGGCCGAGCCGGACGCCGCCUCCAGGCAGCCCAAGAGCAAAUUCGGGACCUUCGGGGGCAUCGGCUCCAAGGCCAAGGGGUGCUACGAGGUGACGGCCGGUGAUGAGGACGGGGGGCGGGCGCCGGGCCCCCCCGAAUCCCGCCCGUCUUCGUCCUCGUCCUGCGAGGGCGUGGCCCGGGGCGGGCUCCAGGUGCCCGGCCUGGAGCUGGCGGUGGCCACCAAACGCAAGGAGUGACCACCGGGGUGGGGGUUGUACAUAGGCCUGGACAGAGGAGGGACCCCCCCCGCGUGUACAGAGACGGGGGGGAGGGGCUGGGGGGGUCCCCUCUGGAUUUUUUGGGGUCCUCCCUGAGCUGACAGCUUCAAUUCUUCCCUCCUCAAUUUUUUUUCUUUUUUUCUUUUUUUUAAAUAUUUUUAUUGGGGUUUAUUUUUGUCCCGUUUUUUUCUCCCCUCCCCCCCCCCCCCCCCGAAUAUGUUCAGUGUUUGGUUAAUGGAAAUUAAAUUUGUUUUGUAUUUUUUUUUAUUUUUUUCCCCUUCGUUUUUACCUUUUUUGUCUUUUUUUUUUUUUUCUCCCCUGGGGCUGAAGUUUCUGUUCAGUUGAUGGAUUUACUAAAAAUCUUGGUUUUUUUUUUUUUUUGUUUGUCUUUUUUUUUUUUUUUUUGGGUUUGUGAAGCAAAUGAAACCAAAACUGUGGAUUUUUUUAUUUCAAAUAACAACCAAAACUGUGGAUUUAUUAAUAAAAAAACUAACAAAACCAUGGAUAUAUUCAAUAAAUUAACCAAACCUGUGGAUAUAGUGAAUAAAUUAACCGAAGCUAUGGAAAUAUUAAAGAAUAAAGCAAAAAUGUGGAUUUACUAGAAAAAGAAGCCAAAUGAAAUGGAAUUUUUAAAAAGAAAAGAAGAAAAAAUGUGGAUCCAUUAAGAGAUCCAUUAAGAAGAUCUUUAUAAAGAUCUACUAAAGAAAUAAUUUUUGAAAAAAUUCAAUAAAAUAAUUAACAGAGACCAAAUUAAGUCUGUUAAGAAAAUAAACCAAAGAGAACGGCCUCUCUCAAAAAAAAAAAAAAAUUAAAAUGGGUUUAUCCAAAAAAAAAACCACAAAAAUAUUGAUUUAUUGAGCAGAAUACACCAAAAAAACAUGGAUUUAUUGAAAAAUAAACCAAACCCGUGGGAUUAUUAAUAAAAACAAACCAAAAACAAAAAACAAAAAAAAAAAAACCAAAAAAAAAACAACCCCGCGGAUUUAUUAAUAAAAACAAACAAAAAAAAAAAACCCCAAAAAAAAACCAACCCCGCGGAUUUAUUAAUAUAAACAAACCAAAGAAACACAACUCUGACCUCUGCAACUGAGAAGUGUCCCCAGAGCUCGGAAAAUUUAAUCCGUGGCGCAAGACCUGGAGAUCGAAUGACUCCGGGAAGGACGGAGCGAGCCCAGAGCCACUCCCGAGGUUUUCCUUGCAGCUUUAUUUUCAUUUUUUUUCUUUUUUUCUCGGCUGCUUUUUCGAGUGUUUUCUUUUUUUUUUGUUGUUGUUGUUGUUGUUGUAUUUGUUACGUUAUUUGUAUUAUAAUUUGAUAAAAGCACCCAUUUCUGUCUUGUUUCGCCCCAAAAUUAAAAGGUGCGUCGGGCAUCCGGGAUAAAGUUUUGUUUAUGAGGAUUUUUUUGGGGGAAGUUUAAAUAAAUUAAAUUAAAAAAAAAAAAAAAAAAUCCCCAGAAAAUAUCAACCUGUUCCCUUUGCAGCACUUUAACAGCGAAUUAAUGGGAGAAAAACCAGGGUGGAAAAUGCAAAUAAAAAAAACGUUUAUUAACCAUGAUUUUCGUGCAUUUGGGAUGUUGUUUUUGUGUUUUUUUUUUUUUCCAGGUCAUAUUUGGGGUAUUAUGCUCAAAUUGGAUCCUCCCUCUGGAUUUGGGGGGAAUCACGAACCUCCCCCCCCCCCUCCAAAAAAAACCCAAAAAAACCUGGGGUCCAGUCCCCUCCCCCCAGCUCCAAUUUCAGGUCCCCACUCCCACCAGGG